GAUCCCUUGCCUCCUAACCAGUCUGUGCUGUGAACUGCAGGAUGGGGACUCUGAGGCAUGUGCUGCUGCUGCUGCUGCUGCUGCUUGAACCCGGAGCCCAGCUCGCUGCAGGACUGAGCUCCGCUCUCGGCUCCUCUCGUCACAUUAACACCUGCAGCGCCGCGGAGGAGAGGCUCUGUGACUUUGUGUGCGACUGUCCCGAGGACUGCAGCGAUGAAGAGGACUGUGGGUAUGACAGUGAUCCACCCUUUAUCUGCGACUUUGAGAAGGACACCUGCGGCUGGACAGACCAGAAUGUCCACUCCUACAAGUGGGGGAGACAAAGAGGUUACAUCUCGGGGGACAGUGCUUCUGACCACACCCUGGGGACAGACCGAGGCUGGUUCAUGGCAGUGGGAGCAGUCCAUGACAACAUCCUGACCACUGCGGUGCUGGUCUCUCCACGCAUGAGGCAGGCCGCGCCCGCCUGUGAGCUUCGCUUCUGGUAUCAAGUGUGGGACUCCGGUCGCGUGGGUGUGGAUGCAGGGAGCCUGUUCGCCACGCUGCGGUCCAGCUCUCGGGAGGCCGUGGUUUGGCGCGGUGCUGGGAGCAGCGUGCGCGGCUGGAGGGAGGCCUCCAUCUUCACGGGCCGCGUCCCCGAGCCGUUCCAGAUCGUCUUCACGUCCCGCCGCAGCCUGUCCUACCCCGGAGACAUCGCCAUCGACGACAUCAACUUCCGCAACUGUGCCCUGCCCCAGCCGGUGUCCGCGUGUUCUGACCAGUUCCCCUGCGCUCGGGGGACGUGCGUGGAGAUGUGGCAGACCUGCGACGGGACGGAUGACUGCGGAGACUCCAGCGAUGAGGACGCAGAUCUGUGCGCCCAAUACAGGAAGUGCGACUUCCAGAAUGGGACCUGUGAUUGGACUAAUCGCAAAUGGGAAAGGACCAAUCAGGUGUCGUUCAGCUCAUCUGACCUGCUGUCAGGCCCUGCCAGAGAUCACACUGAGAACACCAAUGCAGGGUAUUUCUUGUAUAUUGGAAACAGCAAUGGCGCCACACUUCUGAGUCCAUCUAUUGAGCCCACCAACGGUACUGAGUCCUGCUUCCUCGUUCUCUAUUACCACAUGUUCGGACCCCGGGCUGCCAGUCUCAACAUCUACCAUCGAACCCAAGACCCCGCAGAGCUGAUCCCAGCGAAGAGCGAGCAGGGAGAGAGGGGCGACCUCUGGGUCAGGGAGAAGGUCCACUUCUCAGUCAACACCUCCUUCCAGAUUGUGAUUGAAGGCGUUCUCGGAGGAGGUAGAUUUGGGAACAUUGCUCUCGAUGAUCUGAUCCUGUCCCCGGGCUGCAGAAUCUCGAAUGACUCUCUGUCUCCAGACUGGGAGCUCCCCACAGCCACCCCCAGCAGGUGCAACCAGGGCCAGUUUGAGUGCAGGAACGGGAGGUGUGUGGAUCAGAACCUGGUCUGUGACUUCAGAUUGGACUGCAGUGACCAGUCGGACGAGAUGGACUGUGGUAAUGCCACGUUUGAUGUCAGCGACGGCGGUUGGAGAGACCACAGUGUUGGACGGCUGGAGUGGACAGUGAGGCAGAGCACCAGUUCCUCCCGCGGAGAUCACCUGUCCCUGGCCAGGGCUCACGGUCAGCUGCUGUCCAAAGCCAAAGCUCUGAGUCCAGUCCUGGGUCCCUCGGGGCCGGCCUGCUCCAUGCAGUUCAGAUACCUGCUCUACAGCAACUCCACCUUCACAGGGGGGAUCUCGGUGAGCUCAGUGGACCUGGCUCUGGGCACGGAGGUGCUGCUCUGGCGCACUCACAGGACGCGGGACAAGUGGACCAUCGUGACAGUCAGCGUGGGAGCGAGACCGAGAGGAUUCCAGAUAGAGAUCGCCACCCUGGUGGAUAAUUUUGUUCCCAGGGUUCAAAAGGUCGCAGUCGAUGACAUCGCGUUUCUGAACUGCUCCCCAGACCUCGAGCCUCCGACUGCAGCAGAUGUGUCGUGCAACUUCGAAGCGGGGCUGUGCGGGUGGUACCAGGACCAGACUGAUGAAUUAGAGUGGAUCCAUGACGUUGGACCCGGGUUCGACCACACCACCGGCUCGGGUCACUUUGUGUUUGUCGAUGUCUCAUCCCCUGACCUGCGGGGGCGCUCUGCUCGCCUACUCUCCUACCCCCAGCGCUCCUCCAUUGAGACCAUGUGCCUCUCCUUCUGGUACCACCUGUUCGGGCCGCACACCGGCACUCUGUCCCUGAAGCUGAGGCUAGGUGGAGGGGAUGAGGAGACGGUCCUGUGGACGCGGUCGGGCACACAGGGGAACGAGUGGCAGCGAGGUCUCUCCCCGGUCCCACACCAGAACCGCACCUUCGAGUUGGUGUUUGAGGCGCUGCGGGAUGGCUUUGAUGGGGAUAUCUCUCUUGAUGACAUCACCCUGAGCUCCCGGCCCUGCCCGGCUCUGCAGAGCUGCUCUUUCGAGGCGAGCCAGUGUGACUUCGUCUCCAGCGGGAGAGGGGGCUGGAGGAAGCAGAGCGGCUGGACCGGGGGCAUCGCGAGCGGGCCAAAGACCGACCACACCCUGGAGACCGACAGAGGGUUCUAUAUGAUCGUUGAUACGAGUCAUGAUGUCAUGUCAAGAGGCCAGUCUGCCAGCCUGUACUCUGGACUCACCAGCGCCCUCAGGGGGCCGGAGUGUGUACAGUUCUGGUACCACAUGAGCGGUGACAAGCCAGAUCAUUUUCCAAGCAGUCGGGGCUGCAGGAACCUCGUCCCACAUUGCAGUCGAUGACAUCACCUUUCAAUCCGGGAGCUGCCCCAGAGCAGGUUUCUGUGAUUUUGAGCGGGGGCUGUGCAGCUGGACUAACACACCGGAGCCGGGCUCUGGACCAGCUGGACUGGGACUGGACCAG